CACUGCGGUCGGCGCUCGGGGCGAGUUUCGCAGCGGCGGCGGCGCGGCGUGCGGGGGUCCGCGGCGCAGCGCAGCGGGCGUCUCGCCCGUUGAUGGCAGCCCGAGCGGGCUCUGCCAUGGCCGCCCGCGGGCCGCGGCGCUGUUAGGAGCGGCAGACGGGCUGCGCGUUCGCCCUUUCGCCCGCCCGCCUCGCCGGUUGGGAGCCGGCGGCCGCCGCCGACAUGUCGCUGGCCAUGGAGGAGGAGGAGUACGCCAGGCUGGUGAUGGAGUCGGAGCCCGAGUGGCUGCGGAGCGAGAUCAAGCGGCUCUUCCAGGAGCUGGGCGAGACCACCCGGGAGAAGAUCCAGGCGGCGGAGUACGGGCUGGCCGUGCUGGAGGAGAAGCAGCAGCUGAAGCAGCAGUACGAGGAGCUGGAGCUGGAGUACGAGACCAUCCGCACCGAGAUGGAGCAGCUGAAGGAGGCUUUUGGGCAGGCCCAUACCAACCACAAGAAAGUAGCAGCAGAUGGAGAGAGCAGAGAGGAGACCUUGAUUCAGGAAUCAGCUACCAAGGAAGAGUACUACAUGAAGAAGGUUAUGGAGUUGCAGACAGAACUGAAGCAGCUCAGAAAUGUCCUUGCCAACACUCAGUCUGAAAAUGAACGCCUUAAUUCUGUUGCACAGGAACUGAAAGAGGUCAAUCAGAACGUGGAGAUCCAAAGGGCCCGUCUGCGAGAUGAUAUUAAGGAAUAUAAAUUCCGAGAAGCGCGUUUGCUGCAAGACUACACUGAGCUUGAAGAGGAAAACAUCUGUCUCCAGAAACAAGUGUCUGUCCUCAAGCAAAAUCAGGUGGAGUUUGAAGGCCUGAAACAUGAAAUCAAAAGGCUUGAAGAGGAAACAGAAUUUCUCAACAGCCAGCUAGAAGAUGCCAUACGGCUGAAGGAGAUCUCCGAACGCCAGCUUGAGGAGGCCUUAGAGACGCUGAAGACAGAGCGGGAGCAGAAGAACAAUCUUCGUAAGGAGCUCUCUCACUACAUGAACAUCAACGACUCCAUGUACAACAGCCACCUGAACAUCUCUUUGGAUGGACUGAAGUUCAGCGAUGAAGCCACAGAGCCCAAUAAUGAUGAAAUCAUGAAUGGAUUUGAACAGAACUGCCUCAGCAAACUCAGCAAUGGCAAGAAUAGUACAUCAACGCCCAAGAAAAAUGAAAGCUUCCCUCCAGCCCCAAGUCUGGUUUCAGAUCUUCUGAGUGAAUUAAACAUUUCUGAAAUCCAGAAGCUGAAACAACAGCUUGUACAGAUGGAAAGAGAAAAGGUGAACUUGUUAACAACGCUACAGGAAUCUCAGAAGCAGCUGGAAAAUACACGGGGGGCCCUCUCGGAGCAGCAUGAGAAAGUUGGCAGGCUCACAGAAAACCUGAACGCAAUGAAGAAGCUCCAGGUGAGCAAGGAACGUCAGUCUGCCCUUGACAAUGAGAAGGACCGAGACAGCCAUGAAGAUGGAGACUAUUAUGAGGUUGACAUCAAUGGGCCAGAGAUCCUGGAGUGCAAGUACAAAGUGGCUGUGGCAGAGAUAACUGACCUAAAAGAAGAGCUCAAAAAUCUUAAGGCCAAAUACAAAGAAUGCGAGUCUAAGUAUGAGGAAGAGAAGAGCAGGUAUGAGACUGAGAGCCAAGCUCUCACUGAAAAGAUUACCUCACUAGAAAAAUCCAGUAGGCAUGACAGAGAACAGGUGGCCAGACUGGAGAAGGAGCUGAAGAAAGUCAGUGAUGUUGCUGGAGAAACACAGGGCAGCCUCAGUGUGGCCCAAGAUGAAUUAGUCACCUUCAGCGAAGAGCUGGCCAAUUUAUACCACCAUGUCUGUAUGUGCAACAAUGAAACUCCAAACAGGGUGAUGCUAGAUUACUACAAGGAAGGUAAAGGGGGACGCAGUAGUCCAGAGACCAAGGGAAGAAGGUCUCCCAUUCUUCUUUCUAAAGGGUUGUUAACUAUAGAGCUAGGAAAGGCAGAGAAUGGAAGCGGUGACAGCAGCCCAUCUCCAGUAUCAUCUCUGCCAUCUCCUGUGUCAGAUCCUCGGAAGGAACCGAUGAACAUUUACAACUUGAUCGCUAUAAUUCGGGAUCAGAUCAAACACCUGCAGGCUGCUGUGGACAGAACAACUGAGUUGUCCAGGCAGCGUGUUGCCACUCAAGAACUUGGGCCAGUGGUGGAUAAAGACAAGGAAGCUCUCAUGGAAGAAAUCCUGAAGUUGAAGUCCCUGCUAAGCACCAAGAGAGAACAGAUAGCAACUCUGAGAACUGUGCUGAAGGCCAACAAACAGACUGCAGAGGUAGCCCUUGCCAACUUAAAAAGCAAGUAUGAAAAUGAGAAAGCUAUGGUUACGGAGACAAUGAUGAAGCUGCGAAAUGAGCUGAAGGCUUUGAAAGAAGAUGCUGCUACCUUCUCUUCCCUGAGAGCAAUGUUUGCUACAAGAUGUGACGAAUAUGUCACACAGCUGGAUGAAAUGCAGCGGCAGCUUGCAGCAGCUGAGGAUGAGAAGAAGACUCUGAACUCCUUGCUUCGGAUGGCUAUCCAGCAGAAACUGGCACUGACCCAGCGCCUGGAACAUUUGGAGCUAGACCAUGAGCAGUCCAAAAGGGUGCGCACAAAAUCUGCUUCCAAAGCCAAGAGCAGUAACCCUAGUGUAAGUCAUAUUCGGUCCUGCGGAGACAGGUCUGAAGGAUCUGUCCUUAACAACCAGGUUUUUUGUAGUGAGAAGUAUAAAAUCUAUUGUGACUAGGACAGGUGUGUAGAAAAAUCAUAUUAUGCAUCUUAUUUUAUGCUGUAACUGUCAGCGUAAAUCCCCACUAUCUAAUGUCGCAGUGAGUUGACUUGUACUAGUAUGUUGUUGAACCAAGUAAUACAAAUUGUAUUAUGGUGGUCUUAACUGUAACUAAUUCAUAAGUAUGGGGAUGCUAUUAACAAGUUAAUAGUGGAAAGGAAUUAGCUUUUUCCACAAUUAACAUGUAUGGGUUUUGCUGUUAAUGGUAAGUGUUAAAAGAGUACACCCGAUAUAGGACAUCUGGUGCUACUAAUUGUAGUUUGUAUAGCGCAAAUGUGAUCCUUUCUCCAGGGUUGCAGCAUACUUCAAUACAUGCUUUCACAGGCAGGAACAAACAGAAAACCUUCCUUGUUAUUGUGGCUUAAGAAGUGGUGAAAAGCAAAUGUUAAAAUUAGAGGUAUGUCUUGAAAAUGCAGAGCAUUUUGAAACUGGAACCAAACUUAAUUUGCCUAUUGUGGCAGAUAUUAAGAACUUGCUGUCAUAUCACCACUGACCAAAGUCCUAAGGCUUUUACAGGCUAUAAAACCUAGAAAAAAACUUGGUAGGGUACACUAUUUACACUCUGCUUCCCUCUCUUCAGAGGGUUAACCAGAAGAAACUUGCACAUUUCUAUUAAAAAUAUGCAAUAUUUACUCCAUCUGAUGUAAAACUUAAAGUUUUAAGAAUUGGGAUCCUACCUGGUAGACAGUUCCACUUUAAGAAGUUAUGCUGUGGAAAAGUGUCAUGUCCUGAAAGGAUCUUUGUGGUCUCAUGUUGCUCCUUGCAAGCAUAACACUUUGGAAAGAAUCUGUUUUAUAUAUUACUGUAGCCACAAAACGUAUAUGUGUCGAAUUAAUGUGACUAUGGUCUAGUAUUGUCAGUCACAAAACAGUUUUUCUCAGCUUUCAGUAUUAACCUAAAUAGGAUAGUAUUUCAGAGCUCUGAUCAUUUUUUUAAAUACACAAAAGAUAUUGCAUUCCUUAUGCAAGCACAUGUUUCACAGGGCUCUACAUUAUAGGCACAGGAAAUUGAACCAGAUCAUCCUGCUAAUAAUUAUUUAUGAAGUAGCUUAGUAUACAUAUUAAUCUUUAAAAACAAAUAAACCUUUGUCUGCUAUUGAACUUUUAAGGGGCCUUUUUAGCCACUUAAUUACCGUAUGUUUGAUAAUAUAAAAGUGUACUUCAUAAUUGGUGCCUACAUAAGAGAAAAAGAUUGAAAAUGUUGCUUCUAAAAUUGUGGAAAAUUUGUGGAGCACAACAAGGCACACUUUUUUUUUUAAACCAGAGUUUUAAAGUGCCUAGCCUCAAAUUUUAUUUUAAUGUAAAGCCCUGUUCAUUUUGUACUCCUUCAAAUGAUUUUGUAUGCCUAUAGUAUUACUAAAAGCAAUGCGAGACUGCACAGUUGUCUGCUUGAUAGUGAUGUUUUAUAAAGCCAUUCUAAUAUUCCUGGUGUGGUAUUGCCUCAUCUCACUACCAUUUCUUAUAGAUGAUCAGCAGCUUGCUUCCUCUGCAUUGCCGCUCUGCCUAUAAGUAGUCAGGAGAUAUCACAGUACUAAUAUAAGGUAAUAAGGAGCACAGCUUGUUUUCCCAGUGAGGGGAAACCACAUGGGAUUUUGGCUUCCCAGAUAUUAUAGCAGGGGGGCGGGGAAAGACAGACUUCUAAAUUCAUACAGUGAGACUUUAAACAAAUGGAAUUGUAGAAACCUUGCUACAAAGCUGGGAAACAUCAGAAUGCCACAAUCCAGUGCCAGAAUUGCAUUUACCAAUAUUGAGAGGAGGAAAAAAAACCCAAGUGAUUUAAGUCUAGUAUGUUGCUCAAACAUCACUGCUUGAGAAGUUUAAACAAAUAGCAAUUCUGGCUUUAGAAAUUAGGCCCUGUGCAUCUGUUAUUACUUUUUUUAGAAAACACUGAAUUCUCCUGAAUUUGAGCUUUAAUAUUGCUAAAUAGCAGGUUUGAUAUUUUAGAAGCGAGACAUCUUUUAACAAUUUUCAAUCCUGCUUGUCUCUUCUUUGCUGCACAAUCUUCCAAAAGGCCUUUAUUCUUCUCAUUCCUGCAUUAAGUAUAAUUUAUAAAUACUUCGUAAAAGCAGGCAUUUGAGUGCUAACUUUCUCUGCUCCAAUAGAAACAGUUACAAUUUUGCUACUAUGGUAGGGAGCUUUAAUACAGUAUUCACUGCUUCCAUGUCUCUAAUGGCAGUAUUUUUGCAAAAUACUGAUGGCAAAAAGGUAAAUUGGAGAAACUAAUUGAAUGCGUUGUUAGGUUUUUUUCAAAUUAAUUGGAACAUUCUGUAAAGAUUUCAAUGUUACCAGACAGUGACUAUUACUAUCAGUCUUGGCUCACGCUUUCAGUUCCAAGUAUGAACAAUUUUGCUAUUAGCCCAGUAUAGUCUUAGUAGUCAUUUCCAUCUUCAUUCAUUUCUGUGAAUCUUUAAAAAACAAAAAAGCCAACCUGACUGCUAUUUGAGCUUGUCAAGGUUAUGGCUUAAGUUCUUGUAGCACCUGUUAUAAAAAGAAAUGAGGAAUGGUGGUAAGGUGACUUGAUCCUGCUGUUUCUAUUUUUAGAUAAUAUUUAAGAUUGAGUCUUGUAAUUCUUGAUUAACAAUUUCUUGAAACGUACAUUUGCUGUAAGUCUUUCAUAUCACUUUCAAUGGGUUGGGAUAAAGCAUGGAAAAUUCCUUAAGCCAUCACCUACCUCUGCAAGCAGGCUCUUCUUCUGAAUGAUACUCUCUGCAUUGGCCUGCAUGAUAUACUGACCUGCAUGUUUCUGGAGAACCUAAAGCUUCACUGAAAAUGUUUCUUGCACAUUGAUUGCCAUUAACUUGUGCUUGAACAGCAAAGCUUUACUCAGUACUUGUAAGAAGCCUUCUUUCUGCAAAGCUAUUGCUUCCAGGCUAGCCCCAUAAAGCAUUGUUUCAUCGGCUUGGGAAGCAUGUCUGAGCUAAAAUGGCUGCUUCUGUCCCAGUAAGCUAACAGACACCCUCAACCAACUAACCUGCUUUUGCAGCACGUUGUUUUAAGUUUUCAGUUCUUUAAUUGAGAAAUAAACACUGAUUUUUUUUUUUUUUUUUUCCUAAUGCUAUUUUAUUUUUCCAUUUUUCAGCUGUAGAGUAGUCCCUGGAGAAGGCCUUUCCAACAGUGCAACAGCAUUUCUUAACCUCUUUCAUUAUGGUUAAAAGUGGUAGCCCAUUGCACAAAGAAUGGAAACCACUGACCUGAUCCUAACUUUUGAAAACACCUUUUCCUAUAUACUACCUGAAACUUUCCUUUUAUGUCUGAAGCUAUAAAACAAACAAGCUUUACCUGUAAGUGCUGCUGCAGUAAGAAAACUUACAAGUGCUGAAGAAACCUACUUCAAAUGUAACGAUCACCAUAUUAGUUUAUGAUCUACUAGAAAUGUUCGGAUGGGGGAAUUUCUUAUCUCAUUGCAGAUGCUCAUUUUUUAUCUGAUUGUUAAACCUGUGCACUUUUGAUAUUUUGAUAUUUUUCUUUAGCUUCUUUAAUUCCUUAUGUAGAAGAGUUUAUAUAAAUGCAGUGGUUUGUGCUCAUAGUCUCUCUCCAAUUCGGGCUUGUGAUUUUUGAAUUCUACAUCAGCAUGUGGCAGAGAUUUUUGGGGGGCUCUAGAUUGUGAUUAGAAAAGAGUUUCAACAAAAAAAACAGGAGCUCUGCUAAACUGUGUGCUGUGCUUCAGCAGCUUUUUUUAUUAUUAUAAAAUGUUAAGCUUUAUAUGUUUAAAUUACUGAUUUUUUUUUUUCUUAACUGCCAUGUUCAUUAAGAAAUCCAGGGUAUUCAAAUUCUGGGGUUUUUUUCAUAUUGUAUUAUUAUUCUUAGGAAUAGUUCAAUGUAACAAGAAGAAAACUUGACUUUGCUCUGGUUAAAACAGUAAUAGGCACUUGAAAAAUAUUAAAUAAGUAGUAUUACCUAUAAAUUCCAGAUUUCCUGGGUUUUAGGAAGUUGAAGUAUUAUUGAUUAACAGAAUUUUAUACAACUAUACCAGUUAAAUUCCAAAUUGGAAUUGUUUUGUUACUUUUUCAUUUUAUUGUGCCAAAUUAUGGUACAUUUAGAAAGAAAAAUUCUAAAGUUGUCAAUGAUAGGGUGUUAUAUAUCAGCGCCUUUCUGUCAUUAAUUAUUGCCAGUAGUGCCUUUAAUCAUUUUAAGGGAGACUCUUAGAGUAGCUUAGUCUAAGUCCUGUAACUUAGAAGAAAUGGAAUGGCUGUUUUGGAAUUUAUUAAAGACAUGGAGCAAUAAGUGCAAAGUGAACUCCCCUUUCGCACAUUUUUAAUGGGUAGUCUUACUAUAGAGAUUAUAUAUUCAAGGAAUUGUAAAAAAUUCUGUUAGUCAAUGAUAUUUCAUCAUGCAAAUCCUUGCAAAUUCAGGGGUAUAGAGAAAAAAACCACAAACCUAAACAAACCCGAAUACACUUUUGGGAACCAAAUGGACUCAUGGUGAACAAAUGAGCAAGAUGUAUUAACACAUUUGUGGUAACAGUACAGAGAACAUAUAAGGAAUAUUGAUGUUAUAUUAGCUUUGUAUGGUGGUGGGUGCAGUUAGCCAUAGUAUUGUUUGCAAAUGUGAACAACAAAACAUUGAUAUCUUCUCUUGCAUGUUGUAUCUAAUCAUCGUAAUUUCAGGAAACAGAAAUGGAGAAGUGCAUCAACAAGCUGUACCUAUUUCUCUACUGUUUGUUGAGGCUCACAUGAAUGAUUAAAUUGGUACUUGUUGGGGGGGAGCCUUCCCACUCCUCAAAAAAAGUACAAAUUGAAAUAAUAUUGACAGUGGGGAAAAGAUUUCUGUUUGCUGGAAAAAAGCAUUAUUAUUCCUAGAUGUGGGGACUUUUUAUUUCCAUCUUCUGUUACCGUAUUGAUUCAUAAGAAAUAUUGUUGCAUUUAAAAUAACUACAUUUGUAUGUGGGUAUUUAUUUGAAAUGAUGUCGAAGUACUGUAUUAUGUUUCAUGUGCAUUACCUUUUAGUGGUGGAUUGGUCUCCAUUUAACGUCAUAUGCAUGUAUUCUUGCCAAGUAAUCUUUACACAGAUCUGAAAAAAAAAAAGUUAAAGAGAAAAUGUGGAAACUUCUUAAAAGUAUAACUGCGUGUUAAUUGGAUAACCUUAGGAGGUAUAGAGGGCAAAACCUUACUUCCAAAUUAAUAAAAAAGUGUUUAAUGUAGGAAAGCAAUCUGCCUGCAUAAAGGUAGUCACAUUGGCAGUAUCAAUAAAAGAGAAAAGGAA